AUGAGUCACGAACUUAGGCAGGUAUUAGUAGCCUGUUCCACGCUGUUCAAACCAACGAACUCAGAAAUGGUCAAACAAACACAGAACGAUAUAUUGGACAUGCUGAUUGGCUCCGGCUCUGAUUUGAGUGAAUAUUUAACUCCUGAAGGUGACGUGAUUGGCUAUUCUGCAUACAGAACAAUGGAUUCCACCAUGGAUUUCCUUGACGACAAUGUCGUAGAUCCAAUGAAUGUGGCUCUCUGUCAAGAUAUACAAGAGACGCCUGAACCAUCUGCCGAGAUAGAGGUCGAACAAUUACAAUUCACAUUUGACCCUUCUGAAACAUCUAUAGAACUCCUCAAACUGAUAACAAAUACUUCUGAAAAUGAAGAUAACCCAUCUCCAUCAUUAGAAAGCGUGUCGGACUGGAAUGAAGUUGGGGCGGAAACGGAAGUGGAAGAAAUAGUGUCGCCAAUUUUGAAAGCCGAGAUAAAUAACAGGAUCCGGAAACGCAGACGGGUGGAGGGGAAGGAGGAACUUACGGAACUGUUUGUGGAGCCACCACCAGAACAGUUGACUGAGGAAGAAGAAAGAAAAAGGAUAGAACGCCGAGAGAAAAACAAACUGGCAGCACAGAAGUGUAGGAGUAAGAAGAGGAAGGUGGCCGACACUUUAGAGGCUGAGACUGAGAAGCUGGAGGAAAAACAAGAAAAACUGAAGGACGAGAUUCAGCGGCUUAGAGAUGAACGAGACCAUUUGAUGGAACUGGUCAAGGUUCAUUCCUCGGUUUGCCCAAAAAUGAAAUCCUCAAAAUGAACAUAUUGUUUGACGAUUGAACCCCACCGAUCUUUGAGGCAACCUCAUGCUCUCAGA